AACCCAUUGUUUCCAAAGGGCUGCAGGCUGCAGAAGCCCCCAAGCUCUCAGGCCAGCUGUGGCUUCUUUGCUGAGAUGGAGAUAUAGCCAAGAAAGCAGCCUGAAAAGUAAGAAGGACAGAAAAUCAAGGCAAAGAGGGUGGGUGAACCAGGCCAUACACGUCGGCCAUGCAGCAGCAGCCCAUCUUUCCCGAGGGAUGGACUGAGGGCUUGGCUACUCCCCUGACCAUAAAUGGCUUGGCCAGGGUUCUCUUGGAGCCACCUCUCAGCCUGCCUCUGCAGCUUUGUCAGUUAACUGUUCCUACAAAUGAAAGACACAAGCCAAUAAAGCCAGUGAGAAAGGAGCUUACCAAAGGCAGUGUACGAAGAAGGUUCCUGGGAGACUGUCAGAAAUGAGUUUUUCACUGAACUUCACCCUGCCAGCGAACACAAGCAACCAACCAUCUUGCUUUGCCUGGUGUUGUCUGUUUUUAGCACUGAAAGUCCUGGGCAGCUCUCUGGACAAUGUGGAUGACGUCCUCUCCUGUCACAGGUGGGAAAGAAACGGACUGUGGGCCCUCUCUUGGAUUAGCGGCGGGCAUACCAUUGCUGGUGGCCACAGCCCUGCUGGUGGCUUUACUAUUUACUUUGAUUCACCGAAGAAGAAGCAGCAUUGAGGCCAUGGAGGAAAGUGACAGACCAUGUGAAAUUUCAGAAAUUGACGACAAUCCCAAGAUAUCUGAGAAUCCUAGGAGAUCACCCACACAUGAGAAGAAUACGAUGGGAGCACAAGAGGCCCACAUAUAUGUGAAGACUGUAGCAGGAAGUGAGGAACCUGUGCAUGACCGUUACCGUCCUACUAUAGAAAUGGAAAGAAGGAGGGGAUUGUGGUGGCUUGUGCCCAGACUGAGCCUGGAAUGAUGCAGCUCAGUCAAGGAGCAGACCUGGCACUGGAACAGGGCUGAAAACCCAGGGUUUUGUACUUGGAGAGGAGAGAUGCCAAGCUGCUUCUUAAUCAAUCCAAAUUUCAUUUACAGCUCUGGAACACUUUGGGGCUGAUUUGUCUCUUUAGGGGACAUCCCCAACAUGGUUAAUUCCAACUCUCAGAUCUUGUGCUUUAGUUAGUACAUGUGACUCACCAGAUGCGGUCCUUAGAUCCUAUUCCUGCUCCCAGUGGGAAUUUGCUUUUCUUUGUCAUUUUGGGAAAGGGGCUUGGUUUCUGAGUGUCUUGCCUUCUCAUCUCUUUUUUUCAUAUCCUUUUUCUCAAAAAACCCAUCAGAUCUGACUUUCAUGGAAGUGUUGCUGAGGUCAGCCUGGUGCAAGUUGGGAUACAAAUGAAACUUAUGCAGGAUGUGUGAGAGGAAGCAGUUAAUUGUUUCUGAAUAUCUCAGGGUAGGAAUCAUGUGGAGCCACACAUUCCCUGACCACAGGGAAGCACCUGGCUCAAUCAUGUCACACAGCAGUGGAAAGAAUAUGGACUCUUAAGUCACACCUACCACUGAGCAGCUGUACGACUUUGGAGAAGUUGUUUAACAUUUCAAGCCUCAGUUUUUGCUUUUUUAAAGGAGGGGAACUAUUUGCCUCAUGUCAUAAUUGAAAAGAUUAAAUAAGAAAUAAAGGGAAGUGUCUGCUA